CGGGCGCGGCUCGCGAGGCGGCGGCGCGAGGUGAGCCGGGCGCUGCGGCGGCGGCGGCGGCGUUGGCGUGGACGACCCGGCGGGAGCGGCGGCUGAGGCGAGCGGAGCCCCGGCCCCUUCUCCGCUCGUCCGCGCUUCCGCUGCGCCAGCGCCGCGCGUGAGCCCCGAGCCCGAGGAGACAUGAGCGCCCGGCGGCCCGGCGCACCCAAGGCGCAGCGGCCCGGCCCCGCGGCCCCGUGAUGGGCUCCUGCGUGUCGCGAGAUUUGCUCACAAGUACCCACAAGGACUGCCCCAUGCCCCAGGGCACGGCCCCCCUGAGCCCAGACUCGCCCUCCAGCCGCCCACCCAUCGUGGCUCCAGACCAUGUCAUUGGCAAGGACAAACAGAUGGAUUUCUGUUGGGAUCCUUGGCAGAGGUGCUUCCAGACCACCAACGGCUACCUGUCCGACUCCAGAUCCUGCUCCAGCAACUACAACGUGGCAGCCCUGGCCACCUCGUCCCUCGUGGGAGUGGUGCAGAGCAUCAAGGACCACAUCACAAAGCCCACGGCCAUGGCACGUGGCCGCGUGGCCCACCUCAUCGAGUGGAAGGGCUGGAGUGCCCAGCGCUCAGGCUGGGAGUUGUCCACAGCCGAGGACGAGCAUUACUGCUGCCUCCCAGAUGAGCUGCGCGAGGCCCGCUUUGCUGCAGGGGUUGCCGAGCAGUUUGCCAUCACGGAGGCCACACUGAGUGCCUGGUCCUCGCUGGACGACGAGGAGCUGCCCCCAGAGAACAGCCCCCAGGACGUCAUCCAGCUACAGGACCUGGAGAGCAUCUACCUUCAAGACAGUCUUCUGAGUGUCCCCUCGCAGGAUGACAGUCUUCUGGCCUUCUCCUCCCCCGAUGGAUGGCCCUCAUCUGACGAGCCCCCCACCAUAGCCUCUGGCCCGCAGCCCCCCAGCCCCGAACAGCAGCGCUGGCAGCGGCUCCUGGGGGCCCCGGGGCCCGAGGGUGGGGCCCGCCUGCAGGGCUCCCUCCCGUCGGUGGACAGUGGCUCCCUCUCGGAGGAGGACGAGGUGUUCUAUAACUGAGGCGGGGGCCGGAGCCUGCUCACGCCGUGACCUUGCCUGGUGGGCAGCCCAGGUGUAUCAGGACACCAGGGUCUGGCUGGGCAUCUCUUGACCCCUCAGGGCAGGCACGGGGUGGGUGCGGCAGGGGUGGGGGCCAGCAUUCCUUGGAGACCAUUCCGUGCCUCUGUGGACCUGCCCCCCGCAGUGGGAGCCGUAAUCCCCUUCUCCCUCUUUACUCGCUCAGGCGGGCACCUUCCCCUGCAGUUUCUGCCAUCAGCGAGCUCAAGGACUCUCAGCAGACAGCAGGCAGGCCGCCCAGAGGGGCCAACAGCCAGGUUCCCAGGCAGACAACCGCGGAGGGGCCUGGGAGACCCGCCUCGACCCCAGGGCUCGGUUCCUCGCCCCUCCCCUCUGUGCUCCUGCCCCCCACCAGAGGCGGGGUGGCCUCCUGGGGUACCUAACAUCUGCUCCUUAGUGCUCUUCACGAGGAUUCUGUCUCUGGAGUGUCCGUCUGUCCGUCACUCUCUGGAUCUGCUCCCUGGUGCCCUGCUCCCCCAUCCUUGCUCUCUCCUCCCAUCUCCCUGAAGGUUCUCUGAAGACAUUAAAGUGGUGGAUUCACCCUGGAGGAACUUGGCCUGGUCUCUGCUGGGGACGGCAUGUCCUCAGGCCCUGGCGGGGGGAGCUCUAGAAGGACUUUGGAGAGGGCCCCUACCCCCAAAAUACACAGACAGCUGGUCAACCUGCUGCCAGCAGCCAGGAGGGUCCCCGUGGAGGAUGCUUAAGGCUCUGUGGCCUCUCCAAGGAACCACACGUGGGGACCCCCCUGUGUCAACCCUGGCUCAGCCAAGGAGGAGGCUGAGGCUGCUGGAGUGAGGGAAACUGGGCCACAGGGUCGUGCUCACACAUGACGACAGGCAUCAUAAGACCUGGUGGGAACCUGCUUUCAUAACUCCCUGCCAGGAAGGGGGACAUGAGGAGGCGUGGGAAACCAGGCCCCAGGCCUGCAAGGCCCACAUGACCACCAGGGGGCCCCCAAGAGCUCACUCAGGGCCGGCGAAUGUGGCCUUGCUGAGGUGGCAAGAUAACACCCUGGAUGCUGAGAUGAGGGACAGACGGCUCUGGCAAUCAGCUUUAUUUUUUCUCAGGAGCCUCCGUUUGGGAGUCAUACAACCCUCAGAGGGCAUCUCUGCGUGCCCUUGGCGACAGAAUAUCCCAAUGUCUUCAUUCAUGAAUUUGAUCCUUUCAUGGAGCCCCCACCAUAUGCUGGUUUUCUGCUGUCUUGCGUUCUGAGUUCUGUCCAGAGGGGGAUUUGUCCUUCAAGGCAGGUAGCACUUGUUUCAUGGAGAAUGGGACGUGGUGACUAUGGGGCCUCUUCAGUGCUAGCUUAGCUGCCUACUUUGCCGAAGAGUUGAGCUGGGCUGGAGGGGAGGGGUGCGUUAUGAUGGGGGGGGGGGAGAGAGGCAGGGUCUCUGCCCCAUCUCCUUCACCAGGGCAGCUGAGGGGCCCUGUUUCAUCUUGCCAGGCUGGCUCACUUUGGGGCCGGAGGGUUUGUCAGGUUGGAAAUUGCUUUCUUCAACUAGAACGGAGAACAGGGUGGGGAGGAUGUAGAGGAGAUUGCAAGUGGGGGGCGCCAGUAUAGUUUGACUCCCCUAAGGGUUGAUUCUGGAGUGAAUUUUAGAGCCAGUGCCUCCCUAUUGCAUAGAUCAGAUCAUUGAGGCCCAGAGAAUGGCAGGGCUGGCCACAAAAUAAGGUAGAGGUAGCUGGACCAAGUGGCUGGCUACUCUGGGCCAGGAAGUAAGGCUCAUCAGAAUCCCAUGAGGCCCCUCCAAGUUUUUUUUUUUUUUGGCCAUGCUGUGCGGCAUGUGGGAUCUUAGUUCCCUGACCAGGGAUCGAACCCACGCCCCCUGCACUGGAAGAGCAGAAUCUUAACCACAGGACCACCAGGGAAGUCCCAAGGCCCCUCCAAAUUUGAUGGCAGUAUUUUGGUGCCCCCCCACCUCCCCAGCCUGUUCGAGCAUGGCUCCUCCCCUUUGCUCCACCCUCGGGACCAUGGUACCUCCACCCAAGACACGAAGCCCACAGCUCUGCCCUGAGACGUCACGAAGAGGGACUGAAGGUUCAACAGCUCGAAGAGGUUGUGUGCCUGCGGUGGGGGGGGGGAUGGUUAGGAAACACUGGAGGAUAGGUGGCACCGACCCGAACCCUCUGGCUUCAGUUUCUUCCUAGCUUGGCAGCUUUGAGCAGAGGUGAAGGCCCGGGCCAGGCUCUGUCCCAGUGGUGCCCACCCCACCUUGUUUCUGAGCCUGGGAGGGCUGGACAGCUGUGAUGGUGGGUGGGAGACCAAGACCUGGGCCCGCAAUGUCCAAUGUGACCACCAGGGGUCCCCAGAGUCCACACAAGGGACUAGUGGAAAGGACCCGUUUUUCAGCAUCAUCCGGCGUCAUCCACUGGCACAGAGGGGUUGGGGCCACCCUUAGGUCCCCAACCUGUUUCUGUCCCUCCAUGACCCAUGUGCCAGGCUCUGUGCUUGCAGGGGGGAGGGGAUCAGCAUUCAGAGUGAUUAAGUACUUUGCCCAAGAUCACACAGGCAGAAUGCGGUAGACCUGAAAUUGAAACCCAUGUGUGCCUUGAUGAAAAGACAUAUUUUUAACCACUGUUUCUUUCCAUCCAGAAUCUUCUGGUUCCCAAGCUCUCCCUCUUCCCUAGUCUCUGCAUCAUCCCAACAGCCCUGGAACUGAGAGACAGAGAGGGCAGGAACUGCAUGCCCAUUCCACAGGAGAGGAAACCGAGGCUCAGAGGCACAGAGAGGUUAGUUGUCUUGCCCAAGGUCACUCAGCUUCUGACGUGGAGGAGUGGUAGCUGAGGGUGGCCAGGUAAGGCUGCCAGGGGGCCGGGAGGUAACCUGCCCACCCCAAGAUGCCCCACCUGGCAGGGCCUCAAGGCAGGAGCAGGUCUGGGACACCUGCAUGAAACUGUCUGUGCCUCAGGGCUGGGCUUUGUCCCUCAUUUCCCAUAGGAAGUUGCACUGGCUCAGCCCAGUGAAGGCAUGAACCUGGAAGGCCGCCAUGUUCUGAGGUCCUCCUGUGUGCUGGAGGCCUGGCGAGCCUCACUGCAGGGUAUCCCUGGAGUCUGCAGGUGUUUAGCUUUGAGGGACAGCCUGAUAUUUUUGAUUUUUGUCCAGUAAAAUAAAAACUUUCCAACUGGA